CCGAGGAGAGUCUGGUAUUCCGAGAGUUUAUAGCUCCCUCUCAUGUCUGGUGAGUGAGUGACAGAGGGAGGCAGGCGAAGGGUGUUUCUCCACUGCAUCUCAGCCAGGGACAGCUGACUGGUUGGGAUCUAAUUGCUCUCAAGUGAGGUCAGCAGGAGGCAUUUAUCUAAGCGGAGUACACAGCGACAGUGGAAGAUGCACAGAGUCAGCUUGCCAGAAUCAGAGAAAAGUACAUGGGACCUGACAGAAGCUCCCAGCUCUCGCUCCGCUCUGCUGCAUCACUGGACGUGGUUUACCACUGAGCUCACGGCUUCAGAACCAGAGAGCCUUCGCACUCAGACUCUGACCGGAGAGGAGCAGGCGCCUGACAACUCCUAUCAUCACUGACAGCACGUUGACACCGUGUUCAACUAUUUUGAUCCUGGAUUAUGUCGCCACUUGUUGGACUAUGGUCUCUAGAGGAUGGAUCAGUCAGCGUGUUCUCUCACUGAGGACUAACAGAAAAAAAUCACCUCCGGACACCGUCGGCUGUCCUCUCUGGGAGACUUCCCACCAGCCACUCCACGCCAGCCUCACAAGGUCUUCCUCUCAAGAUCCCUGUCCCAACAUCCCACCAGGAAUCUCCUCUCCAGAAAAAAAAAGGGCCUGAGUCAGGGCUCAGAGGGUCGGAGGGCUGAGGGAUAGUGCGCGGCUCCCAAUCUCGCAUUUCAGUAUGUGGUUCAUUGAUCCCCACUGUAUUGUAUGAUAAUGCGCAAAUGGAUGCUGACAUGGAACCUUCAGAAUCUGUUCUCGGGACUCUACCUGCACGCAGCCUUUCUGUUUGGCAGUGUGUGUGUGGUCUACAGUGACUGCACCCCAGAGCAACUCGCCGCCAUCAUGAACUGCUCCAAACACGAGCGCCACACAAGGAACUAUGAUUACAUGGAGGGAGGAGAUGUGCGAAUUCGACAGCUGUUCAGCGGCACGCAGUGGUUCCUAACGAUUGAUGACUCGGGAAACAUCAACGGGACGCAAGAUCCCACCAACUGCCACAGUAUCCUGGAGAUCAGAACUGUUUCUGAGGGCGGCAUCCUGGCUAUCAAAGGUGUGAAGAGCCAGUAUUAUAUCUGUAUGAGCAAGGCCGGACAGCUGCAAGGCAAGAGGAUCUACAAUGAAAACUGCAACUUCAAGGAGGUUUUCCUAGAAAACUACUUCAACGCUUACUCCUCCACGAAGAGGACUAAAAACGGCAAAGAAAUGUUCAUAGCCCUGUCGCAGAAAGGAAGACCAAUGCGAGGGAAGAAGACCAGGAGGGAGCACGUCGCCUCUCACUUCAUCCCGAUGCAAUGCCGAGAGGAGGAGAGGAGAGUGGAGUGAAGAAACCAAUGACUCAGUUGCAAACUGUUGGUGGUUUUAGUCCCAUUUACAUGUUAGCACACACAUAGUCCCAUUACCGGCCUCACAGUGCAUCCUCCUCAGGCUUUAGAUUGUGUACGAUAACAUGCUAUCGAAAGGAGGAUUAGAUUAAACCACUUUAGUCAACUUUAAAUACGACAUCUGAAAGUAUGGAAACACUGCUAAAGUUGGUUGUGUCGUUUCUAUUUUGAAGUAGUGUUUUCCUACAAAAAGCACAGUCAAGACAAAACUCUUUUUCUAGGCUGAUCCACAAACUAGAGGAUGAGGAGACCUACGUGAUCACAAGAAAGGUUGAGAAUGAACAUCUGGCUUGACCAACGAGUGCGGAAGCAAGCUGGACUUGUCUUUUUCAUUUCAAACGACUGAGUUACACUCAACUGCUGCCCACUAAAUGAGAAUAGCGCAUUCUUUACAGAAAUAUAAACGGCGUGCAUAAAACAAGCCAUUUGUGAAUGAUGCGUUCGAGACCGUUGGAGAGUGGAGUCUGGUCAAACGCACCAAAGCUGCUCACUGACCCCCUCGUCUUUGCAGAGGGAUUUUGAAAUGCUAGAACGUUCUGCUGGUCAAGAGAUGCCCGGACUAAAAACCAAAUCGAACAGCAUGAGUGACGUGUAUGCUAUAUAAUCUCUUACGGAGCAAACAAUCUUGUAUGAUAACAGCUCACAUAUUUAUUUUUAAAGAAGUUUUCUUCUGUUUCUGUUCAGACAUUCCUGUUUUACGAAGCAUGGCACGGACAACAGAGGUAACAUAGGCCCAUUUAUGGUCAAACACUCCUUUCACCCACAGUAACCCAGCUAAGGCUUUGUGGUUCAUGAUUGUAAGUUAUUUCUUUUCUUUAUAUAAAUAGAUUUGUUAUGUGUUAAAUUGUCCCCUAUACUGCAACGUGCAUUGUUCUACGUUGACCAUUUACUGUGAAACAGAUGAAGCAGUUUUAUGGCCUCUAUUGGGGUUUUUUCUCCCCUAUAGGGGUAUAACAGACCUCAAAUCACAUCCCAUACGCUAGCUUAGUUCCUUUUGUUGACAGCAAGCGUCUGCCUAACAAUAAAUCAAACAGAAAGGAGGUUUCGGCCGUAUAUUCAAACAUUUCCACCUGCUCUAGUCUGAGACUGUGCUUUUUGACCGCAUGUCAAAUACUGUACAAUACAAGGCAUUUAUCCUGCCACUAAUGAAACUAUGCUAUUGAGGACAAAAAAGAAGAGAAGUGUAUUUUUCUUACACACUGUGAUGGGAAAAUUCAGAACACUUGCACCGGCACUGUGCAUUUUAGAAGAGCUAUUUAUUCUGUCUAUCACUAAUAACAAUGAUAACCUUGUUGUUCAUUCACAGCUUGUUCAGUUUCUGUAAUCAAAACUCCGAUCUGGUCUCAUUUCUGAAUAAUAUGCAAUCUGUAAUUUGCUGUAUUUUUAACCUUGUUAGAAUAUGACUGUUUUGAGAACUUACUGUACACUUAAACUCUAGAAUUUGCAUAAUCCUUUGGAGAAAAUGUAUCAUCGAUGAAGCAGCUGCAACGUUUCGAAUUGGGACGCUGAUGUCAGCUUUAAGAUGAUUAAUUACCCAGCACAAAUAAACUCUUGGA